AUGUUAGCUACGUCAGUUAUGAAGGAUGGUGAAAAUACUCGUCUAGGAAAAACCAACGUCGAAAACUUGCUAUCAGAAUUUAACAUGGAAAUGAAUGCUAAUCAUAGACAGUGGAUGACUCCCAGAAUCGCUUGGGGAGUUUUUGCAAGUAUUUCUAUUUUAAUUAUUGAUAACGUACAAAGGUUAGUGGGCGAACUCCUUAGUAGGGCGCUUGAGUUUUUCUGGAACUCACGGGAUGUGAAUUACGGUGUUUUUACUGUGAAUUACAGUGUUUUCACAUCGAAUAGUAUUGGUCUUAUUGGCCUGCUUUUCUGGACCAGAAUCGAUGAUUCUGUUUAUGAUCAUGUUCAUGAUAUCGAUAGCCACGCAAAACAACGUAGCUCCACUGGUUCCACUCCCCAAUCCACAUCUGUCCCGUCUUUAGGUCAUAAUGAUUCUGUAAUAUGUUCCAUGCGCCAAAUCGAAGGAAGUAAUGUUUCCAUCAAGCUUACACUUGGUACCCACUCUUUCAACGCCCUUGGGGCUGCUAGUACACGUAUUGACAACUUGGUUGAUCAUCCGGAAUGCGGACCGUGA